AUGACUGACCCCCGAUGCAUUGGAAUAAUUGGUUGUGGCGACAUGGGUUUUGCUCUUGCUCAUCGUUUAACUCAUUCGGGUUUUACUGUUCUAAUGGGAAGUCGAGAUCCGAAAAAUCGACGUCAUCUAAACUAUGAAAUAACUUCAAUUACUGAUUGUAUCCAUCGUUCUUUUAUCAUAUUUAUUGCGACACACGCUGAACAUUAUACAAAUGUACUGAUUUCACCCUUAGAACAUAAUCCGACAUUAUUCGAUCGGAAAAUUGUAAUUGACAUAUCGAACCAACAAGAUCAAAAAACACGUCAAGAUGACUUUUCAAACGCUGAACGUCUUCAAAUUGCUAUACCAAGUGCAUAUAUUGUUAAAGCCUUUAAUACAAUAUCAUCAUUUGUUAUGCAAAAUACAACAGCCGGUGAACCACGAAGUGUUCCUGUUGCUAGUGAUCAUUCAUUGGCACGAGAUAAAGUAAUGAUGCUUGCUCGAGAAAUGAAUUUCGAAUCAUAUAAUAGUGGUUCACUUCGAGCGGCUCGUCAUUUGGAAACGUAUACGCGCACCUUGUUUCCUGGUUGGAUUGUACCCAUUAUUAUAGCUAUAAUUGUUCUAUUCGGCUGGUUAAUUUAUACGCUUCUUACGAAAUUUAUAUAUGUGAAAACGACAUCAUGGGAUCAAUUAUUUUUACACAUGACUAAUAAAGUUUUAUGUGCUAGUGCUAUUACAAUGUUAUCUCUUGUUUAUAUGCCAUCAAAUUUAGCCUGUAUAUUUCAAUUAGCAUAUGGAAAUAAAGAAAAACGAUUUCCGACAUGGCUGGACAAAUGGUUACUCAGCCGAAAACAACUUGGUUUACUUACAUUUGCAAUUUCUUUAUUUCAUGUUCUUAGUACUUUAGUUCUUAUGUCACCUGGCUACUAUAAAUCAUGGUUUCAUCCGGCUAAAAUAAUUAUAUCAGCUAAUCGAAAUCAAACCGAAGUUAUUGUUCCACAUAGUGUUAUGACUAUAAAAGGCGAAUUGGCAUCAUUAAUGGGUAUUUUAACUUUACUUCUAAUGUCUUUAUUAGCAAUAACAAGUAUUCCAGCAAUUGCUAAUUUAUUAAAUUGGCGAGAAUGGAGAUUUAUUCAAUCGAAACUAGGUACAUUUACAUUAUUGUUAGCUAUUGGACAUGCAUUCGCUAUGGCAAUACCACGCUGGAUCGCAAUUGGAUUUGUCCAGUCACUUAGAACAACUGGAUUUCAUUGUGUAGUAUUUCCUGUUAUUACAAUUCUGCUGAAGUUUGUAUUAUGUUUACCAUGUUUUGCUCGGCCAAUACGCCAGAUUCGUCACAGUGAAAAACCAAAGCACGUAGUUUGA